GACAAGGAGAUGAUGAUGGAGAUGGACACAGAGCAGGGGAACCCCAACUACCAACCCGCCCAAUGUCAAUGGCCAGGCCUGCAGAGGAGACCAAGUGGACGUGCCAUUGGCCAGAGCUGGGCAGCUGGAUCAACACAGAAACCAGGAUUAACAUCCCAUCAGUUGGAUUGACAUUGGAUUGUGGACUGGCAUCCCAUCAACUGGAUCAACACAGGACUCCAGACUGACAUCCCAUCACUGGAUGGACACUGGACUCAGGACUGCACAGGGCAACCGAGAUGGACAACAAGGGGAUGGCACAGAUGGAUGAGGAGAAGGGGAACCCCAAUCCCAGCCCACCCUGGGCCUACAGCCAGGCCUGCAGAGGAGGCCAAGUGGAGGUGCCAUUGGCCAGAGCUGGGCAGCUGGAUCAACACAGAAACAAGGAUUAACACCCUAUCAGCUGGAUCAACUCUGGAACAAGGACUGCUGGAUCACUGUUGGAUUGUGGACUGUCACCCCAUCUGAUGGAUUGACACUGAACCCUGGACCAACAUCCCAUCUGCUGGAUCAACACAGGAACCAGGACUGAUGAUCUCCCAGGAGGGAGCAGCUCACUGGAUCUCUCUCUCUCUCUCUUUUACAGGACAGGACAAGAGGGACAGACAAGGAGUGGAUAAUGGAGACAGACAAUGAGAGGUUGAGAGAGAUGGACAAGGAAAGGAUGAUGGAUUUGGACAUGGAGAGGACAAUGGAGAGGACAACAGAGAUGGACAAGGAGAGGACAGAGGAGAUGGACAAUUAGGACAUGAUGGAGAUGGACAAAGAGAGAAUGACGGAGAUGGACAUUUUGAGUACAGUGGAGAUGGACGGAGCAGGGGAACCCCAACUCCCAGCCUGUCCUGGGCCAACGGUGGGGCCUGUAGAGGAGGCCAAGUGGACGUGCCAUGGGCCAGAGCUGGGCAGCUGGAUCAACACAGAAACCAGGAUUAACACCCUAUCAGCUGGAUCACACUGGAACCAGGACUGAUGAUCUCCCAGGAGGGAGCAGCUCACUGCAUCUCUCUCUCUCUCUCUCUCUCUCUCUCUCUCUCUUUUGCAGGGCAGGGCAGAAAUGGACAAGGAGAGGACAUAGGAGAUGGACAAUUAGGACAUGAUGGAGAUGGACAAAGAGAGAAUGACGGAGAUGGACAUUUUGAGUACAGUGGAGAUGGACACAGAGCAGGGGAACCCCAACUCCCAGCCUGUCCUGGGCCAACGGUGGGGCCUGUAGAGGAGGACAAGUGGACGUGCCAUGGGCCAGAGCUGGGCAGCUGCAUCAACACAGAAACCAGGAUUAACACCCUAUCAGCUGGAUCACACUGGAACAAGGACUGCUGGAUUGAUGUUGGAUACUGGACAGACAUCCCAUCUACUGGAUCAACUCUGGAACCCAGACUGACGCCCCAUCUGCUGGAUCAACACUAGAAACAAGACUGAUGAUCUCCCAGGAGGGAGCAGCUCACUGGAUCUCUCUCUCUCUCUUUUGCAGGACAGGACACAGAGACAGACAAGGAGGGGAUAAUGGAAACAGGAUGAGAGGAGGAUGGAGAUGGACAUGGAGAGGACAAGGGAGAUGGACAAUGAGGACACGAUGGAGAUGGACAGAGAGAGGACACCGGAGAUAGACAAGAAGAUGACAAUGGAGAUGGACAAGGAUGCAAAGAAAAUUAAAAAUUGGAAGAACUACCAGCAAUUAACAGAUGACAGUGGAGCCAUGCAGCCAGAGCUGGGCAGCUGCAUCAACACAGAAACCAGGAUUAACAUCCCCUCUGAUGGAUCAACAUUGGAACCAGGACUGAUGAUCUCCCAGGAGGGAGCAGCUCACUGGAUCUCUCUCUCUCUCUUUUUCAGGACAGGACACAGAGACAGACAAGGAGUGGAUAAGAUAAGAGAGACUGACAAGGAGAGGAUGGAGGAGAUGGACAAGGAGUGGACAGCAGAGACAGACAAUCAGAGGAUGACGGAGGACAAUGAGAGGACAGAGGAGAUGGACAACAAGAGCACAAGGGAGAUGGACAAGAAAAGGACGAUGGGGAUAGACAUGGAGAGGACAACAGAGAUGGACAAUGAGUACAUGAUGGAGAUGAACAAAGAGAGGAUGAUGGAGAUGGACAAGGAGAGGACAACAGAGAUGGACAAGGAGUGGAUAACGGCGACAAACGAUGAGAGGAUGAUGGAGAUUGCAAGGAAAUGGCAAUGGAGAUGGACAAGGAGAGAACAAGGGAGAUGGACAGAGGAGGACAUGAUGGAGAUGGACAAAAAGAGGACAACAGAGAUUGACAAGGAGAGGACAACAGAGGUGAACAACAAGAAGACAAUGGAGAUGGACAAGGAGAAGACAACGGAGAUGGACAAGGAGAAGACAAUGGAAAUGGACAAGGAGAAGACAAUGGAGAUGGACAAGGAGAGGACAGCAGAGAUGGACAAGGAGAGGAUGACAGAGACAGACAAGAAAUGGAAGAUGGAGGCGGACACUGAGAAGACAACACGUUAAUAAAAGAUGCUUAUUUUUU